GUCACCCCAAGAUCACAGGCACUUACGCUUGCCUUCCUCAUAGAGCCAGCAAUACUCACCAUGGCUACAGGCUAUACUGUAGAUAACGAGAUAAAAAAUGCACAAUUUCCUUUUUUAAUGAGUUGCACAUUAAUUUGUUCUUAGUCAUCCUUGACCUUCCAAGUAUGAGAGACGCGCUGGACAAUUUUGCAUAAUUCUCGAAACUGUCUUGGUAGAUGGACAAAAACCUCGACUCUUUAUUUUACGUGGAAAAUAUGCUUAGACUUACGGCACUGGUAAAAUUAAGGAAAGAAUUGAAAUACAAAUUACAUCUAAAAUUAAGAUAAAUAGAUAAAUUUUCUUUGCCAUCGCUUUCUAUCCGUACUUGUUUGUUGUAUGUAUAACAGUAAAAAAAAUCUUAACACAAAGAGUAAACUAUGUUGCUAAGACAAAUGACUGAUAUAGCAUGUAACAAUGAAGAUACAAAGCACAUGCACUCAACAGGGACCACUAAAUGUAACUUAAUAGUAAUGGAGUGGUAUGAUUUAUUCUUAGAUGUGUGAUCUUGCAUGUCUGUCUAUGCAUGGUGACAAAUCACAGAGUGAAAGGAAUAAAGUGCUGGAGUCAUUUCUUGCUUGUGAAUGUCCUGUUCUUGUUUGCACACCAGUACUUGGAAGAGGAAUUGAUCUUCCCAAUGUUAGCCAGGUAAACAUUUAAACGUUAGGAGUCCAUUUUCUUAUUUUAAUACAUGUACAUAUAGUAAUCACAAAAAAGUAACCUCUGUUCAUAAGGUGAUCCAUUUGAAGACAUAGUAAUUAAAAAGAAUUUGAAGAUUGUGCGUUGAAAUUUGAACGUCUCCCACCAAAAAAUAUCUGUUUUUUCUAUUGGCAGUAGAUUAUUAUUUAUAGUUUCUAAAUACGCUAUGUUGUAAUUUUUUUUAUACUUAUUAUUGGCUCACUUGAACCUUAACUGACGGUAGCAUAUAAAGUGGUCAGUGAACUAGCCAUUUACCAUUAACAACUAAUAAUUAAAAUGAUUACUACAACCCCCUCUCCAACAAAAAAAAAGUUUUUAAAUGAGAUAAAACAUACUUAACUCGAUUCGUCUUCAUUUGCCUAUUCCUCGGCAACUUCAGGAGAUAAGAGUUGCUCAGUGUAAGAGGUAAUCUUCAAAAAGCAGUUUAAUUCCGUCGAGUUGUAUUUUAGGUGUUCUUGCUAUGUUUUUAGGCAGUACUUUGGCUAAUUCUUCUUUUCAAAACGUGUGAAAUUUUCCGCCAUUUUGUUGAGUUCUAUCAAAGCAGCUGAGUUGAGCUGGUUGCCAGCCUUUCUUCUUUCGAUAUCCUGUACUGUUGACGUCAUUUUACUGGAUAUCGCAAACGUCUUCCAAAUUUUGGUGAACACUAACUAGUUUUGGAGAAUUAACCAGGGGAUUUGUGCCAAUCAGCAAACGAUAAAUAUUGUGAAUGAAUAAUACUUGUACAUUUGCGCCCUUUAAGAUUUUAUCACUGCCUGCUGUUCGCAGUUACCCGAAAAACUGCAGUUUAAAGAAAAAGAGAGAGAUAAGAAAGGGUUUAAAUAGACUAAUGAAUGUUUGCGUUUCAGGUGAUCAACUUUGAUAUGCCUUCAUCAGUUGAGGAAUAUGUCCACCAAGUGGGGCGAGCUGGCAGAUUAGGGAAACCUGGCUUGGCCUUAACGUUUAUUAAUAACACAAAUAAGGAUGUGUUUCUCGACUUAGCCGAGACUCUUCAACCAUUAGGCAUUCACCUACCUGAUGAGCUGCUGAAUUCACCGUACCUUCUGCAGCAAAAACAACGAACAAAGCAAGCAGCAAGGAAGCGAACACACAGAGAUGUAUUAUGGACACAUGAGAAUCUCAUGGACUUAAUUAAGAAGAGAAAAACAAAAAGAUAG